GUACAAAGAUGCUACUUUGGUGCCGUGUGCAAUUACGUAUUUAAAUCAUCGAACAUCAUAAUAUCGGUAAUUGUCAGUGCUCCCGUUUUACAAAAGGGAAACUGUGAUCAUCAUGUGGAAGAUAAUAAUAUUAUGUACGGUCGUGGGCUUAGUGGCUGCCGAACAAGCUACUUAUGAAAACUACAAGGUCUUCAAAGUUAUUGCGACUACACAGGCUCAGGCUGAAUCCCUCAACCAAUUAACAGACUUUUCUGAUGGAUUCUCUUUCUGGUUGGAACCAGCUGUGAACAGAGAGGCGCAGCUUAUGGUGGCCCCGCAUAAACUGCCCGAAUUCUAUGAAAUAAUGGCACAAAUCCAAGUACCUUAUAAACCUUAUAUUGAGGAUGUUCAGGAAUUAAUCAGUAUAACGGCGCCCGCGGCGGCAUCGUCGACGUUUAAUUUCAACAACUAUCAUAAUCUCGACGUAAUUUAUCAAAAUCUAGACGACUUGGCGAAGCAAUAUCCCGACAAGGUACAAACUAUCGUAGGUGGCAAGACGUACGAGGGACGUCAAAUCAAAGGCGUCAAGGUUUCCUUUAAAGCCAACAAUCCCGGAAUCUUCCUUGAGGGUGGUAUUCACGCCAGAGAAUGGAUCGCACCAGCGACUGCUAUGUACAUUUUGCAUCAAUUAUUGACUAGCAGCGAUCCGGAGGUCAGAGCUCUAGCUGAGAGCCACGAUUGGUAUAUCUUCCCCGUAUUUAAUCCCGAUGGAUACGUGUACACGCACACUACGAACCGAUUAUGGAGGAAAACACGUAAACCGUACGGUUUCGCCUGUUAUGGCAGCGAUCCCAACAGAAACUGGGGAUAUAAAUGGAAUACUGGAGGCUCUAGUAAUUUCCCAUGUUCCGAAACCUACGGUGGAUCGGCGGCAUUCUCCGAAGUUGAGACAAAAAGCAUGUCUGAAUAUAUUGACUCUAUUUCUGACCGAAUCUACGCAUAUAUUGCAUUCCAUAGCUUCUCGCAGCUAUUGCUGAUUCCUUAUGGUCACACCACGGCUCAUCUUGAUAAUUAUAAUGACUUGUAUCAAAUUGGCAUGAAGACAAAAACUGCUCUCAGCAGGAGAUAUGGAACUCAAUUUAAGGUCGGAAACAUUGCUGAGGCAAUCUAUGUGGCUUCUGGAGGUUCUAUGGAUUGGGUCAAAGGCACUUAUGGUACACCUAUCACUUACACUUAUGAAUUGCGUGAUACGGGUCGUCAUGGCUUUUUAUUGCCUCCUAAUCAGAUUAUCCCGACUGGAGAAGAAACUUUGGAUUCUCUCGUAGCUAUGUUUAAAGAAGCAAAAGCACGUGGAUAUCCUUCAAAAUAAUUAAAGUUGACUAAAUUUUGUAUAAAUAUUAUUAUUGAUGAUAUAUCUUCAUUUAAUAAUUUGUUAAUUUUUCUUUCAAUAUUGUGUAAUAUAUAAUAUAUUAAUAAUUUUUGGUUUUCUGUUUUUAAUAUUAUGUAUGAUAUUGUUAAACGCGCGGUGGCGGCAUACAUAACAGCGAAUAACUCUCGCUUCCCGACUCGGUGGCUCUACUUAUGACCAAAUCCGUUCGUACAGCUCGAUCAAUCGUCUCAUGCAAGCUUACAAAUCACACUAUCUGUCGCAAUAUAAAUCGAGUAGUGGUGUGACUUUUGUUUAUUAUGCGUUAAUUUAUCGAACUACUAGUUUGAAAUACUAUCCGCGGUUUCCGCUAUUUUUGCACAUCAGCGAUUCACGAAGUGCGAGUGUGCAUAACAACGAAAUCGUGCUUGACUUCCUUUAUUGCUAUGCGUAGUAGAUAAUGUACAAACUAAAUACAUAGAUAAUUACACGAUUGUCUAAAA